CUCUGUGCCCUCUGACGAGAGCCAGGGACAAAAAUUAUGUUCAUCCGGUCGUCCGACAAAAAUGGGGAAACUCAACAAGAUUCCAUUCACUUCUGGAACAAACAGAAAUUAAUUAUGCUAUUCAACGAUAAAAAGAAAUUAAUUAUGCCAAUUUUUUUCGUUCAAGGUCUAGGAAUAAAAUACAGGAGCUAUUUCCCUGUCCUCUUUCGACGAGUACAAAAAAACCCCCGAACUUUGCUAACUGCCGAUGCUAUAUAUGUCACGACUAAUAAUUUAACGUUUAUUAUUACGCGGAUCCUAUGUCAAUGUCAUGAAAAGAUAUCGGCGACAAAGGCCGACGGCGGUGAACGGUGGCCGGAGAAAGAAGAUACUCUCCCACGUGACGGGAGUUCUCGGGGCUCCCAAGGGUUUUGUUUUAUUUUAUCACGAUCACGCUGCCAACGCAGGUAUAUUAUUUCCAGGACUAAACGUGUAUCCCACGCAAAGCCCAGCAAUCCUGCCGUCUCCGUGUGGGCAUUAUGGUAAACACGAGCUGUGGCUUCAAAGCUCCGAUUGGAAAAGGGGGACCGUCGAGGCGUCGAUGGCAUCGGCUAGGUAGAGGGAGUGAUAAACUACACUUUAAGGAGGCAAAAAUAUCUGUAACUAUAGAUAUCCGGUCGAAUUUCAUUUAACGGGUAGAGUAAAACUCGAACUCGAAUGACUUUUAGUGAGUACAGGUAAAACCUGAACCCGAUUAUUGCGGGUAAUGAAUAUGCAUGGUUUUC